UAGAUCAGUCCAGACCAGUUCUGUUGGGUAUGACCUAACUACUCUAGCUGUACUUCUUCAACUACGUUCGUAUUUAUGUAUCUCUACUUAAUCCUACAUGAGCGGAGCUGUUUGUGGGAGACGUUGUUCGGUUUUUCAGAGAGUUCAGGAAAACUGUGUUGAAAUGGCGAUCUAGCUCAUGUGAGCUAAUCCCCCCGUGGGCGGUUUCCUUUCUCUCUGUCCCCCGCUGACUGUGGCUCCGCGUUGUGUCCGCGCGUCCGGUCCCCUCGAGACGAAUCCGGCUCUCUAGCUCAGAUCCGGCGAACGCACUAGCUGGUCGGCUUGUGCACGCUUGCUUUACGGUUGUGGCGAGCUCAUCUCAUUCUCUCAUGCUGGUCGGCUGCAGAGCCCGGGGGGGUCCGGCGCUACACACACAGCCAUGGCACUGACCACUCAGCAUAAAUCUUUAGACUAACAAUAAAUACAAAUAGACACAAAACAUAGGGAGAAGCCGCGUCUCUCCCCGAGAACUAGAAACUGGGCAGCAACCUGCGGUGAGUGGCCGAAGGACAAAACUAACUAUUCAAGUCAAGUGCCCAACAGUGAGUGCGACGAAGUGCCAUGACGGAGGAAAACAGCGUUGACAAGUUUAUAAAGGAGAGCUCCAUCCUGGAGGAGUACAACAUUAACUGGACACAGAAGCUAGGAGCAGGUAUAAGUGGACCUGUCAGGGUGUGUGUGAAGAAAUCUACACAGGACAGAUUUGCCUUAAAGAUCCUUAUCGACAGGCCCAAGGCUCGCAAUGAGGUUCGACUCCAUAUGAUGUGCGCACAACACCCCAACAUUGUCCAGAUUUUGGAGGUGUAUGCCAACAGUGUGCAGUUCCCACAUGAAUCUAGUCCCAGAGCAAGGUUGUUGAUCGUUAUGGAGAUGAUGGAAGGGGGUGAGUUGUUCCACCGAAUUAGUCAACAUCGUCAUUUUACUGAGAAGAUGGCCAGCCAAGUCACCAAGCAGAUUGGGCAGGCACUGGCACACUGCCACUCUCUCAACAUCGCUCACCGAGAUCUGAAGCCUGAGAACUUGCUGUUCAAGGACAACUCACUGGAUGCACCGGUAAAGUUGUGUGAUUUCGGAUUUGCAAAAAUUGACCAAGGUGACUUGAUGACUCCACAGUUUACACCUUACUACGUAUCACCUCAGGUACUAGAGGCACAGAGGCGACACCAGAAGGAGAAGUCUGGAAUUAUACCUACCUCACCUACUCCCUACACCUACAACAAGAGCUGUGACCUGUGGUCACUGGGGGUCAUCAUCUACGUGAUGCUGUGUGGCUACCCACCCUUCUACUCCAAGCACCACAGCCGUACCAUCCCCAAGGACAUGCGCAAGAAGAUUAUGACAGGUAGCUUCGAUUUCCCCGAAGAGGAAUGGAGCCAGAUCUCAGAAAUGGCCAAGGACAUUGUUCGCAAGCUCCUCAAGGUGAAGCCAGAGGAGCGUUUGACAAUUGAUGGGGUGCUAGCUCACCCCUGGCUUAACUGCACAGAAGCCCUGGACAACGUACUGCCCUCUGCCCAAAUGAUGAUGGACAAGGCGGUAGUGGCCGGUAUCCAGCAGGCCCAUGCUGAGCAGCUGGCCAACAUGAGAAUACAAGACCUCAAUGUCAGCCUCAAGCCCCUGAACUCUGUCAACAACCCCAUCCUGAGGAAGAGGAAGCUGCUCGGCACAAAGCCCAGGGAGGGCUUAUUCAUCCAUGACCCAGAGAAUGGAGGGGAGGACUCCAACGUGGCCUUGGAGAAGCUACGGGAUGUCAUCGCACAGUGCAUCCUGCCACAGGCUGGGGAAAAUGAAGAUGAAAAGCUGAAUGAGGUGAUGCAUGAGGCCUGGCGCUUCAACCGCGACUGCAAGCUGCUGCGAGAUGGUCUGCAGGGUCUCAGUUGGGACGGGAGGGUGUUCUCAGACAAAGUCGACCGUUUGAAGUUGGCAGAGAUAGUCAAACAGGCCAUAGAGGAAAAAACAAACCUGCAAGACUCUCCGUAACAUGUGCUGCUCUUUUGCUUAAUUUUGUAUAAUAUACCCAGUCUGUUCUUGAACAAAUAACUGUAAAGAGUAAUUUUUAUGUAAAUUAAGUGCAGGACUUGCAUAUUUUCAUGAGCUUGCUUGCAAAAGUAUUGUACAACUGUAGAUAUACUAAAUGAGGACUUAUUGGUACUGUUAUUUUUUUUAAACCUGGCAAUGAGAAACAUGGAUGAACAGACAAUGCAGAUGUUUUAAAACUAAUUUAGUAUCCAUUGGAAGGGAGAUUUUCUUUUUACUACUUGCUCAUCUGAGUUACC